AUGCGGCGGGAGGGAGUAGCGGCUGUGCUGCUUGCCAUGGCGGGGGCGAUGCUUCUGCUGAUGAGCACGAGAAUGCGAGGAAACGAAAUGAAGACAUCAACAAGAUCCGCGCUUGAAGACACCGAGAUCGAUAAGCUGACCAUGGAGCACAUAAAGAUGUGCUGUUCUACGGUCCCAUGGCCUUGCUGUCAGCACGAGUCUUGUUGUGAUGCCUGGGAGGAUGAAGGGCUGGAUGAGGUUGCGGACAAGUCUGUGCCAACAGUUCUGUAUCAAAUUCCCAAGAGACUGUUGAAACCAAUUAGAAUGGUGAACAACAACGUGUAUAAUUGA